CAAUCUGGUCUUAGCGGCCCGGUGGGCAAGGCGCAGUCUCGUACCAAGCACGUGGAAGUACAUCUUUGUCGACCUUGCCGGUGGGUCUCAUCCUUGGUUUUGCGAGUGAACGACAGCAGUCGCGGUGCAAGUGAGCAUACGAGGGGCAUCCGCUGUUUGACUCUCUUGAGAGCUUCUCAUUCUCACUGGAAAUAUGUUCAAGGAGACAGAGGACGUCGUCUUGAUCGUGGCGGGCUUGUCGUCCGCCUUUGCGGUUGGCCUGUCCAGCCUUCUCAUACGCCGGCACCUUAUCCACUUCUCCCGCCCGGUGGUGCAGGGGAAAAUUAUCGGUAUCCUAUGGAUGGUGCCCAUCUAUGCCAUCGACUCGUUCGUCAGCCUUCGGUUCAAGAACACAGCUCCGUACGUCGACAUGCUACGAGACUGCUACGAAGGAUACGCGCUGUACCUCUUUCUGGCCCUCAUGGUUGGGUACCUCGGGGACGGGGACGAAUACAAGGUUGUCGAUAUCCUGGAGCAGUGCCCGUCGUCCAAACACGCCUGGCCUUUCGGGCUGGUUAUGAAGGGCCCCAUGCCGCACGGCCGUGAUUUCCUGCGCUUCGCCAAGUUUGGCACGUUGCAGUACAGCUGCGUCAAACCUCUGGCUGCUUUUGUGGCGCUAGUGUUGGCUCCGUUCGGCCUGUUCCAGGAGGGAGAUUUCAGCAUCUACGGGGGUUGGCUGUACAUCUCGUUCGUGGUGAACCUGAGCGUCUGCUACGCGUUCUACUGCCUGGGUAUGUUUUACUACGUGCUCAAGACACCGCUCAAGCCGUUCGACCCCGUGCCGAAGUUCUUGUGCAUCAAGGCAGUAUUGUUCUUGUCCUUCUGGCAGGGUAUCGUGAUUGCCGGCUUGGUGAAGCUGAAUCUCAUUCACGAGAUGGGAGGCUGGACGACGAACAACGUGGAGAAGGGCAUUCAGGACUUGCUCGUCUGUGUUGAGAUGCUCGUGAUAGCGAUAGCGCACACCAGGGCCUUCUCCUGCAAGCCUUACGAGGACGGCGCCCCGCGGCGUGACGGAGCGAGCCUGCUGGAAGCCCACUUCGCUCACCAUAGCGCUAUCAGGGAUUUCAAUGAGGGGGGGGGGGGGGGGGGGAGUUGA